CGGCCAACAGCCAACAGCAUGGAUUCGGAUUCCGGCGAGCAGAGCGAUGGCGAGCCUGUGACCGCAGGUCCCGAUGUUUUUAGUUCAAAGAGCCUUGCCCUUCAAGCCCAGAAGAAGAUUCUGAGCAAAAUAGCCAGCAAAACUGUGGCCAACAUGUUGAUUGAUGACACCAGCAGUGAGAUCUUUGAUGAGCUCUACAAAGUCACCAAAGAGCACACCCACAACAAGAAGGAAGCCCACAAGAUCAUGAAGGACUUAAUCAAGGUGGCAAUCAAAAUUGGGAUCCUCUACCGGAACAACCAGUUCAACCAGGAGGAGGUUGUUAUCGUGGAGAAGUUCAGGAAGAAGCUGAACCAAACUGCCAUGACCAUCGUCAGCUUCUAUGAGGUAGAAUACACCUUCGAUAGGAACGUGCUCUCCAAGCUCCUACACGAGUGCAAGGACCUGGUACAUGAACUGGUGCAGCGACACCUGACGCCCAGGACCCAUGGGCGCAUCAACCACGUCUUCAACCACUUUGCUGAUGUAGAGUUUCUCUCCACCCUUUAUAGCCUAGAUGGAGACUGUAGGCCCAACCUCAAGAGGAUUUGUGAGGGAAUCAAUAAAUUGUUAGAUGAGAAAGUCCUUUGAGUAUCUUCCCUCCUCCUGGACUUUGCUGGCAUUCAAGUUACAGCACCCAGUGUGAUCUGGGUGAGAAUUAAGAAAACAGGAAGAAACCCUUGUCCAAGACACCCACAUUCUGUCCUUUUCAUCCCUCCGACGUUGAUGCCAAGUUGAGCUCAGGUGUUUAUCCCCUGAGCUCACUGAUGAGGUCUUGUACUUAAAAUCGCCUUUGUUUGCCAGCCCAAAGGGACAUUUCAGCUAUUCUAAGCGGAAAGAUUGCCCUGCUCAUCAAGGUGAGCUCAGUUCAUCUUGCGGAGUGGAAGGAGCUCUGGACCAGGAUUUGGAGGACAGGGAUUUGGUUCCCAGCUCCACCAGUUAUGAUCCAUCCUCUGGAUCCUGGAACCAGGAUGCCUGCCUGCCUCCCAGGGCUGCUGUGAGGAUCGAAUGAGAUGAUAUAUAUUCACGCUUUUAAAAACUCUAAUGUCGGGUCUUAUUAUUUUCUCUUCAAAGUAUGAGAGGGGUCAGCCUGGACCUAGACUAUUAAACAGCAAAAACAGAAGACUUGUCUCUAAUGGGCUGGGUUUGCAAUGUCUCUAGAUGUGCUGUUUCAAACAAAUUAAAAAUGAAUCUAAAAGUAUGAAAAAGUACAGCUGCAAACUGAAAAAAAAAAAGGUUUUUCAAGAGCUGUUUUUCAGAUCUCAGAUAUGCAGGUUUAUGAUCCUGCAGUGGCAAGUAGAGAGAGCUUCCCACCCAUCACACAGAAGCCGGAAAGAACUGCUUCCCUUGCAAUACCAGCCUUCCCUCAUCGAAGGGGCGCAAUCUGUGAGGCACAAGGAGGGUUUAUACCAGCACUCAGGGGGAGAGUUGGACAGAAUGACCCCUGUCUGUCUUUCUUGGCCUUUCAUAGUCAUUUUGUGCUGUUUUCUCUGGUUCAUUAAUAAAUCGAAA